GUUUUACUGAUGGUGAAAACAAAAUCAAAUGAUAUUUAAUUUUUACGUUUAAUGUUAUGCCAAACUGUUUGGUGAAAUGGGUGCAGUGCGGCAGGACCUGGGUGACGAACUAAUCAUGAAAUUGAAUGAUCAACAGAUAAACACUGUAGAAACGUUCCUUCUACUGACUCAGGACAUGGUUAUGCGUGAUCUCAGAUUAAAACUUGGCUCAUGGUUACGGAUAGACAGAGCUCAGCAGGCAUUGCGAAGUGAAGGUUGCUCGGCGACACCUCUGCAGGAUUCAACCAAUAAGAAACGACACACAAUGGAUGAGGAUAUUCAAAUAAGUCCUCCAGGAAUCAAGGGUGUCCUUGAAUCCUCCAAGAAAUUGUUGUACGGGAAGCUUGCAGAAGGGCGAGCGCUUCAGAAAAACGAGAAAAAUCUAAUUUGCCGUACAAUUUGUCCCAAAAUAUUCAACAGUUUAAACAGAAAAUUGGAAGAAAGAUCACUCCUAACGAGAAACAAUAGUUAGCGAAGGCCAUCGUUGAAGCUUUCGAUUGUCUGAAAUGCGAUACUCCGGGAAAACCAGUUGAAGCCGAAUUCUUUUGGGAAUGUAACGGCGAAGAUAAAGGAUCUCACACUGGAUUUAUUCAAAAUUGGAUCCGAAACUACAAAUCAAAAUCAAACCCAGCUAAGCGGAUUCGUC